AUGGACCCCCUACAACAGCCAGUCCCGGAGGCUCCUGCGGUCGAAGAGCCCCAGCAGCUCCCGGUUGAAGAGUCAGCACAAGAACCAGCAUCAGCGCCAGUCUCCGACUUCCAACCUCAGCCUAUUGCUCAGCCCGAACAAAUCGAACAAAUCGAACAAGAACAACAACAAUCUCUGGAAUCACAUGAACCACCCGUCGAGCAGCCGGCUGCCGCCAGCGUCAAUGUUGAGGAGCCCGUCGCAGAGCGUCCCGCCAGCCGCCCGGCCAUUGACCACGGUUAUAACAGCGAUUCCAAAGCUCACUAUCAUUCCCGAUCGACCGAUUUCCACAAUGCUGCUCCUGAAUACCAUCCCCAAGAUGCCGAACAUGCUUCUCGCCUCAACUCUUCGCCUUCAUUGAACCAGCAGCCUCAACUUCACCCUGCCUCGAGACCCGGCUCUGGUGUUUCCAGUGGCACGGAACGCCCCGGUUUCUCGCAGCCGCAGCCCUCGGAUGCUUCUCAGAGACAGCCAAGCCAGUCUUCGAAGAACAGUGUUGUUAUCAAGGUGGGUAUGGUAGGAGAUGCCCAGAUCGGUAAGACCAGUCUCAUGGUCAAGUAUGUGGAGGGCAGCUGGGAUGAAGAUUAUAUUCAAACUCUCGGUGUGAAUUUCAUGGAAAAAACGAUCUCAAUCCGGAAUACCGAGAUCACCUUCUCUAUUUGGGAUCUUGGCGGUCAACGCGAAUUCGUCAACAUGUUGCCGCUGGUCUGCAAUGACGCCGUUGCGAUUCUAUUUAUGUUCGACUUGACCCGCAAGAGCACGCUGAACUCGAUCAAGGAAUGGUAUCGCCAAGGCCGGGGAUUUAACAAGACCGCCAUCCCCUUCCUGGUCGGUACGAAAUAUGACCACUUCGUGAACUUCCCCCGUGAAGACCAGGAGGAGAUCUCCCUUCAGGCGAAGCGCUUUGCAAAGGCGAUGAAGGCAAGCUUGAUCUUUAGCACCUACUUAGACGACUGUCGUUAUAACUCCCUGAUCUUAUCUCCACUUUCUGUCCACCUGUUUGCCUUCCCCAAAUCUUGCAGAGGAGUUGCGAGAGACGAGCAGACGCGAUGGCUACCGAAGAACCCCAGCUGGGCUCGAUUCAGGAGCGGAUCGCCGCCCUGCGACAAUCACAGGCCGCCCCGGCGGCCUCUGAACCACCUUCAUAUCCCCGGCCUCCCACCGAAACGAAGCAGAUCAGCCAACAACCCACCCUCCUACCAUGUCACUGGCUCCGUGUUGGAUACCGCGCCCAUCGGCAAUCAGCCAGCAGAUGAUCGAACGUCCCGGCCUGCGAGAGCACCUCCACCUCCAAUCCCAUCGCCGAGGCCGGAACUGAAGCCAAAACCCAAGGUCCCUCCACCCUUGCCAACAAAGAGAGAGAGGGCUCCUCCCCCUCCUCCACCGUCUCGUGCAGAUCCGCCACCAUCAUAUGCAGAGUCUCGGCCUACGUUACCACCACGUAGGCCGACCGGCCAACAACGACGGCCUUCUCUGGAGUCGGUCACUUCGGACGCGUCAUACUCCACCGCAAACACUACGGCGACAAGUGUCCGAGGAGCCUCGUCAACCUCUGUCAACUCCACGGGUACAGCGAAUGGCAGAAUUAAGGCGCCUGCAUGGGGCGAGACUGCACUUCCUGCGCUGCCACCAAAACGUCCAAAGGAGGAGUUCGACCUGACACCAGCUCCACGUUCUGAGUCCAAGUCGUCUUCAACCCUCGGUGGCCUAUCUUCCAAGUCAUCUUCAACUCUCGGUGGCCUGUCUGGAGGCCUCACUGCCAAAUUCAAUUCCAUGCGAGGAAAAGCCCCGGCGCCUUCCUCAUCUUCUUCAUCCUCCCGCCCUAGUUUACCAUCACGUCCCAGUCUACCCUCUCGACCAAGUGAAUCUUCAACUCCCACCUUACCUUCUCGUCCACAGGCCAAUGGAAAUGCUCCUCCCGUCCCACAGUUGCCACCACGACGACCUUCUGGCCUGGAGGCGCAAUCGAAUGGAGGAAGUGAUACGGAGGAAUCGAGACCCGCCCUUCCAGCUCGCAGACUGCCUCCCAAGGCAUCUGCAUCAGACCUUAAUAGUAUUCGAAAGACCGGCUUUGGGGACCUCAAUAGAGCACCGACUAAUAAUGGAACACCCCCGCCUAUUCCACAUGGUUCGCGACCAGAUCUCUCCAAGAUAAUGGCAACGAAGCCGCGAUUCGGCGCUUCAUCACAGCCCGUCGCUCCAGUUGGAACAUCAGACACCUGUUGCAUGGCCUGUCGAGAUUUUUCGGCCCCUGACGCGCACGCUGAGCGGUAUCCACGAGAAACCCUCCCUUCACACGAUAUUGGUUGGCUGGCUAAUGAGCUGACUGCACCCUUCCCCUCCGCCACGGACAAAGCACGAGCCAUCUUCAAGUGGCUGCACCAUAAUCUCAUUUAUGACACGUAUUCAUUCUUCAACAAUUGCGUCAAGCCUUCCACUCCAAGCAGCACACUAGCUUCCGGUCUGGCUGUCUGCGAGGGAUUUGCCGGGCUUUUCGCUGCCCUGGCUAUGAAGGCGGGGCUUGAAGCCGUUGUGGUAUCAGGCCACGGCAAAGGGUACGGUCACAAAGAGCUCACCCCAGGAGCUGCCAUUCCACCUUUCGAUGCCGGUCACGCCUGGAAUGCAGUGAGAAUCGACGGGGGUCAAUGGAAACUAGUCGACCCCUGCUGGGGCGGCGGUCAUAUCUGCGAGCCUUCGGGUGGAUUGUAUAAGCAGGAAUUCCAUCCGCAACAGUUCACCAUGUCCAAUGACGAAUUUGGUCUCAAACAUUUCCCCUCGAAUAAAGAGCAUUUCUUCCGAGAUGACGGCCGGCCCGAGAUCGGUUGGGAGGAAUAUAUGCGCACAAACCCGGAUAAUCCCCUCGGUGGCUCUCCGAUCAAGUUCUAUAGCUUUGCUGAUAAGAACGAUAUCGGUCGAUCUACUAUGCGCCCGGCUGAUGGCCGUCUUUCUGUUUACAGUUCGGCUAGCCCCGUACGUUUCCAGUUCGGAUUGAUUUGUGAACAUUGGACGUUGGCGCAUCAUAGCCGGAUGAAACCAGCCCUCUUCUUGCUGGCAAUCAAGGGUAUUGAUGGCCGCAAAGAGGAGCGUCUUCCUCUCCAUUAUGUGCCCGGGUCUGGACCCGGCGGUGGUGGGGCGUGCUGGUACGUAGAUGUUCCUGACGCGCGGAUGCUGGGUGCGCCUGGUCAGAAAGUGAUUCUUCUUGUUUUGAUGACAUUUGGUGAUCGGACCGAUUGUCGCGGUGUUACGAGAGAUGAAUAUCUUGCAAAGGAGGGUCGCGUGGGCAUGUCGUGGCAAUAUAUUUGCGAGUGGGAAUUGGUGCGGUAA